AUGAAUUUUUCAGCAGAUUGUUCUGGAAAUGUUCUAGAAACGAUGUUCCUUCCUUUCCUCUUUUUGGCCCCUGAAUUAAUUCCUCCCCAUCCAACGCUUGAAGUACCACUUUAUUUAUUGUUUAAUAUGAAUCAGGCGAAGAAAGGGAAAGAGGACAGUAGCAACCUUGAUCUUAAAGCCAGCAUAAAAAAGCUCGACACUUUAUUGGAUACAGUCGAAGAACUUCGUGCAUCAUUUAUAAGUGUAUGUGAUUAUCUAGGGGAGUUAUGGAACUCAGGCCAGUUUCAAGAUAAUGCAGAAACAUUGGAACGUGAAAAACGUGGAGAAAAGUUUAUUACUCCGACGUUUGAUGUAGACAGAUUUAGUAGAAUAAAUGAUUCGUGUUUGAAUACAAUGGAUAAGUUUAUUAACUUAAUAGCGUCAAGUGGAGAGGAAUUGGAAUAUGCUCGGAAAAUUGCUUCAUCUUGGACUGAUAGUUCAUCAGUUCCAGUAAAAAAGUACAAAUAUUCAAUAAGGUUUUUGGCGAUGAGCAUUAACGGGAAUUCUGGUGAAAUAACAAACUAUAAAGAAGAUAUACAAAAAAGCAGUCAACAAGCAGCAAAUAUAUACACUAAAGAGAGUGAUGUAUAUUUUAAACGACGCAAAAAAGACGGAAUUUUUGGGACUACAGAAAUAUAUGACGCUAGCAAACUCAAUAAUGUAAUUGAUGAUUGGUUAGCCGAAGCAAAGCAAAAACCUUACCAUGUCGGCAUUGAGAAAGUUGAAAGUGAUUCAUCGGGAAGGCCAUCGGGUUUAGUGGUAUCUGUAAACAAUUUAUUAAAAGUCGGGAUAAUACUAAAAUAUAACGAUAUUAGCGGAUCAUCAGUGUCAUUUGUUCGAUUGACUGUAAUUGGGUACCAUGAAAAGAAAUCGAUCCGAGAAUUUUCAGAUAUUCUUGUAUUCCAGCGUAUAACGCAAAUCGGACUCGAAUUAUUUAAUAACUUGGAUCAAAGUGAUCCUAUACCGAAGUUGCUUUGUGAUAGUGGAACACUCGCUGAACUCAUGCUGACUGCAAUUAUGGUCAAUCCACUCUAA